GGAGAAAUAAGCGCAAGCACCAGGGACUUCGCAGGCAGGGCUCUCGCGGACUUUUGUACCUGUUUCUAUUCAUUUUGUACACUUUGUAGUCGACAGUUUUACUAAAGCACUUUUGCUACUUUGAUAUUGAGGCAUCGGUUAUUUUAUUUGUGCCAGAAUUUUCUGUAACUAGCUUGCUAACACUGUAGGAAAUAUCUCGGUCUUCUUUUCAAGACAUUGAAACAACCAAUUUACCCUGUAAACCAUCGGAGAAAUAUUCAAUGCUUUCGUUUUCAAAGCGAUAGCGAUAGUCAUCGUGAUCACAUAUCAGACAAAAAGCAUUUCUAGAUUUAUUCAAAGGAUGACUGCUGUGCUGAAUAUCCAGAGGUUACUGGAAGCAGCCGAAUAUAUAGAAAGGAGAGAUAGAGAGUGUGAACACGGAUAUGCGUCGACCUUUCCGUCUAUUCAGGACUCCAGCUACCAGAGACAAAGAAAAUUCCGUAAUAAAAAGUACAACAACAACCACAACAGGUCCACACAUAAUGAGCUGGAGAAAAAUCGGCGAGCCCAUCUUCGUUUGUGUCUGGAGCGAUUGAAGACUCUCAUCCCGCUGGGACCAGACUGUAGCCGUCACACCACGCUGGGACUACUCAACAAGGCCAAAGCACAUAUAAAGAAACUGGAGGAUGUGGAGCGCAAAUCUCGGCAUCAGUUGGAUAAUUUGGAGAGGGACCAGCGCCACCUCCAGAGGCGACUGGACCUGCUGCGGGCCGGCGGGGACGUGCUGGAGGGAGAGAGGAUACGCACCGACAGCGUCGGCUCCACUGUCUGCUCCGAGCGAUCCGACCACUCUGACUCAGACCAAGAAGAGAUGGAGGUGGACGUAGAGAGCACAGAAUUCUCUCACGGAGAGCUGGACAGCAUCAGCACAGCCAGCACCAGCGAUCUGGACGACCACAGCAGUCUACAGAGCACUGCCAGCGACGAGGGUUACUCCUCCUGCAGCAUCAAACUGGCCUUCAACUCAUAAAAACAAGCUCACCGUCGACACGCGCACUAUCCCAGCCCUCGAAACGAGUCAUAGCCCACCUGUCCCCUUCUCGACCAAUCAGAGACUCUUAUUGCAGUCAGGUGACCAGAACACAGUCCCAGCCCUAAUGAAUAUGCCUGAUUCGUUGUUUAUGUUCCUGAAUGUAAGAGAAUAUGAAUGAGAUGGAAACAAUCUGUGAUUGUGAUGUAAUUGGAUUUUAAGAUUUAAGAUAUUCCUAAAAGAGAGAUUUAACAAGCAGUAGACUGAUAGUUGUGAGUAUCUUAACCCCCUUUUUCCGAAAGGAAAGCUAUAAAAAAAAGUUAGUUGAUUGUUGUUUUGUAUUUAACCCUUUUCACACGAACGGGUCGUGAGCUGGUCACAUUCAGCAACACCUAUCAAAAGUACAAAUUGAGACGCCUGACAUCCAAAUCUCCAUAUCAACAAACCUGUUGAUUUGAUCUGAUGUGUUUUUUGUUAACAUCGCUGCUCGACAGCGAGAGAGACUGUCAUUGGUGCUACAUGAUACAAAACCAAUAAAGCAGAAUGUUCUGCUACGUUUCAUCAAAGACAAAGGAAAACAACAAUCCCAGUCGGGAAUUCUGGUGCAUUUAAACUGCGGAAGCAGUUUACGCACAGCAGCUAAAACCCAGCGAUCUUGCACUCGACCGCGUAGAGCCCUCCAUAGAAAAAUACCCCACCACGACGUUGAAAUAGAUGUCUGUUCUGGCAGUAAUAAGCAAUAAAUCUCUCGUAGUCGAAUGCACACAAUUAGCACUCCUCCUCUUGAGACACAAUACUUGUGUCCGUCCAAAAGAGCAAAGCCAGCUUGCUCGUUUUGUACAUAAAUACGAUAGUUUAAUAAAUGAAAGUUAAAACGAAAAACCGAGUUGGAAAAAAAAGGUAGUUACCCAUGGGUAGAACUAUUGCCUCUGUUGCUGUAUGUCUUGUGUUUUGUGCAUUUUAAAUUAUAUUUUUGCAAAGAUUGACUAUCUUCCUCUGAGAGUUCGGUGGCAUGGACAGUAUUACUUGUUCAUUAUGCUGGAUGAAACGCGAAAUAGUUUCAAUUCUGUGGCUGCCCGAGAAAUCUUACGACUUUAUUUUCAAAAGAUUGAAAGAACACACUGAAGUACUUAAAAAAUCGAACACACAGGAGUGAACGCCAGAGCGUGGACCUCUGUUAAAGGCAUGCUAACUCUGAGUGGCACUCUUUCUUUAUUUAUUUGAUUUUUGUUUAUUAUUUUAUUAGUUUUAAAGCUAAAAGGCAUUCCACUACUAGUAUCGUGUGCUGUGGACGUAGAGUGCGUGUGCGUGUCGCAAACCAUUUCGCGCCACGCGCUUCGCACUCAUGCUUCCUGCUGUACUGUAUGUUAAACUUUUUUCUUUUUGUGGGGAAAAGACGCAUUCAGACUUAAGCCACGUUACUUAAGUCAUAUUUAUUUUCCUCCUCUUUAUCCGGCAUCGGAGAAGAGGUUAACUUAUUUCGUUCGGACUUAUUUCGUUUAACGCCAUUCCCCCAUCAGUUCUAUUAUCUCCAAUCCUUGCAUAUCUCAAUAUUCCCAUUGUUUUGCAUCUUAGAGCUUCUAAACUGUAAACUCAUACGUUUGUGAUUUUUCCCGAUUUUUUUUAGUGCAUAUUAAAGCCAAGUCUGAUUUGUAAUCGUUCUGCCUGCAAUCGAGCAGUACAGACAUCUGCUAGGUUUCCAGAUCCAGCAUCAACCAAAUGCUAUUGGCUGCUGAAAUGGCCCAUAUGUGUGGAGCAGUUCUACCCACCCCAAAUGUUAGAGAGUUUAAGAAUUGACUGUUUUGUUCCAUUGUAAAUUAUAACUUUCACGUACAUAGAACAAAACAUUGGAGUGCUCGAGUCGAACUGAACGUGGUGCUCUCUCAACACCAGGCCAAACCAGAGACGAACCUCCUUCUCCGAGGACUUGUUUUCUUUCAUGUUGUGUUGGCUCUCGUUUUUGUUCAUGUUUUGUUGGUUUAUAAAUCUGCACUAUUUAAAGCCAGCACCCAUACUGAGAUGCCAGCGCUUGUUUUGUUUUAUUUUUUAUUUAUGAGAAUGGCCUGUGUCCUUUUGAGGCCAUAAGACAGAUCUGGGCCUGUAUUCAACAAAACUUCCAAGAGAAGUGGUGCUGGUCUGGCAUCAGCUUUUCCACGUCUCUGAUCUGUCACUCCGAACUGAGGGAAAAAUGUUAAGCUUAUCCUUGUAAUGAGACGCAUGGUGUCGAUAUCAUCACGGGUGUCCACAGAGAGACUCGGGGUAAAAUGAUCUGUUAGAUGUCUGCUAAAGCUUUUUCACCCAGGGAGAAUAGAGGUCCUGAUAAACUUGUGGCCAUUCUUUGUAAACAUGCACUCUGAUACUAGCUGUGAGUUAAAAUGCAAUACUUACAAUAAACACCGAGAUUGUCAAAAAAA